UCCGCCAGCUCCGGGGGGCGGGUGCCGGAGCGCAGCGCAGCCCGAUCUGUCCGCAGCGCGGACUAACUGGAAGUCGGCGUUGCCGCGGGAGGCGGACGAUGGGGGCAGGUGCCGCCGGCUGCGCCAUGGACCCGCCGCGCCUGCUGCUGCUGCUGCUGGGGGUGUCCUUCGGAAGUGCCCAGGAGGCGUGCCUCACGGGCCUGUACACCCACAGCGGCGAGUGCUGCAAAGCCUGCUACCUAGGAGAGGGUGUGGCCCAGCCUUGUGGAGCCAACCAGACCGUGUGUGAGCCCUGCCUGGACAGUGUGACGUUCUCCGACGUGGUGAGCGCCACGGAGCCCUGCAAGCCGUGCACCGAGUGCGUGGGGCUGCAGAGCAUGUCGGCGCCCUGCGUGGAGGCCGACGACGCCGUUCGCUGCGCCUACGGCUACUACCAGAACGAGACCACGGGCCGCUGCGAGGCGUGCCGCGUGUGCGAGGCGGGCUCGGGCCUCGUGUACUCCUGCCAGGACAAGCAGAACACCGUGUGCGAGGAGUGCCCCGACGGCACGUACUCCGACGAGGCCAACCACGUGGACCCGUGCCUGCCGUGCACCGUGUGCGAGGACACCGAGCGCCAGCUGCGCGAGUGCACGCGCUGGGCCGACGCCGAGUGCGAGGAGAUCCCUGGCGCUGGCCACACGGGCCACGCCCCAGAGGGCUCGGAGCUGGGCCUGUCCUCUGGCUCCAGGUGGAACAGCUGCAAGCAGAACAAGCAAGGAGCCAACAGCCGGCCGGUGAACCAGACACCCCCGCCCGAGGGGGAAAAACUCCACAGCGACAGCGGCAUCUCUGUGGACAGCCAGAGCCUGCACGACCAGCAGCCCCACACGCAGACGGCCACGGGCCAGGCCCUCAAGGGGGAUGGAGGCCUCUACAGCAGCCUGCCCCCGGCCAAGCGGGAGGAGGUGGAGAAGCUGCUCAAUGGCUCUGCGGGGGACACCUGGCGGCACCUGGCAGACGAGCUGGGCUACCAGCCUGAGCACAUAGACUCCUUCACCCACGAGGCCUGCCCUGUCCGCGCCCUGCUCGCCAGCUGGGCCGCCCAGGACAGCGCCACGCUCGACGCCCUCCUGGCUGCCCUGCGCCGCAUCCAGCGAGCCGACAUCGUGGAGAGCUUGUGCAGCGAGUCCACCGCCACGUCCCCCGUGUGAGCGGACCCGGGGGCCCCUGCCCUGCCCCACGUUCCGGUGGCUGAUGCUCCAGCCAACCCCGGGGGCCAGCGUCAGAGCUGAGCUCCUCCGGGCAGGGCUGUGGAGCCCGGGCCCCUAAACCACAGCCCUGCCACUGACCCCUUGUGGCCCCAUCGCUUCUGACCACACUCCCUCUGCGGCGCCAGAAGUGCCCCUGCUGCCUGCCCGCCCUGCCCCUGCCCCUCACCAUCUCCAGCCUUCCGCUCCUUCUCCCCACGCUUCUAGGCAGGCCAGCUCCUCCCACCAUAGCAGGUGUCAGAGCUGGGGGGGGGGGGGGCUGACACCAGGGAUGGUGUUGGGGUGAUGACAAGGCCCCAGAGACUCAGAGAGAGACUGAGGAACCAGAGCCAUGGACUCUACACUGUGAACCUGGGAAAGAGGGAGCAUCAUCGUGGCCUAAACCCUCCCUCAGCCCCUCACGUCCCCCCUCUGGCCAAAGAUGAAGAGGCUCGAAGGCUGGUCAGAGCGGGAAGGGGGUACUGAAAUCUAGUCCACCCUCUUGUUUUACCUACAGGACAGUGAGGCCCAGAGAGAGGCAGUGACUGGCCCAAAGCCACCCAGUAACGGGGUGGCCAAGUGUGGGCUGGCCUCCUCCUCUCUGAACGAGGGGUGCAAGCCUCAGCUUUGCUUAAAGGCUGGGAGAGGGGGGCCAGGCGACCCUCCGGGGAGUGUUGUACAGCCAGAUCCGGUCCACCCUCCACCAUCUCCAGACCUGUUCAACCCUAGGGGACACAGGAUGCUUUACCCAAGGCUUGGUCCAUGGAUCCAUUAUAACCCGAGUCAGCUUGGGGUUUGUGGGAAGGGGUGCCACUUCCCCCCUCCUGCCCCCCUCAGGCAUGUCAGUGUGGCAUCUUGGGUGUGGCCAGUCUGUAGGUGCCUUCUAUCCCGGCACAGACCCAGAGCCAACACAGGCAGUACUCGGGGUUAGGGGCUAAGGACCCCCCACAUACACCACACACACACACACACACACACACACACACACACACACACUCACACACACAGCGGAUGAGAAAUCUUUUCUCCACGAGUUCUUUCUCUUGGGCUGGGACCGGAUCCUGCCCGGGGCAGCUGCCAGAGAAGCAUCACAGGGAAUUGAACUCUGCUCAGCCGUCUUCCCUCGCCCCCGGGUUUGGCGGGCCAAGGACGGCUGAGGCUCGAGCUGGCGCCUGCCUUCCAAGGGCCUGCACAUGGAGGAAUGCUGCCCCCGCCUCCCCUCCCCUGAAGCCACGGGUUUGGCUGGGCCCCGAAGGUUGCGAAGAAGAAACUUGGACUGGUCUGGGAAUGCAGCAAGAAGGAACUGAGUUAAACUGCGGGCCCUGGACGGUCUGUCCAAAGUCUCGAGGGCCCCACAAAGGACAGCUUUUUCCCUAGCUUGGUGCCAGGAAGGGGCCUGGAGGUCCCUCCUGGCCUGUUCUGUUUUGCUUGAUGUUGGAAUGAAUGGCUCCCCCCCUCUAUUUAGCAUGAAGGAGCCCAGAGCAGGGGGUGCGCCCACAGCCACCCCCUCCCCCGCCCAGGGUUCUCCCAACCCCCAGCCAGGGACUGGGAACAUUGUAUGUAGAUGGCGUUCCUUGGACCUCAGUCUGUGAUGGGAGCAGGAAACUCACCCGCUGGCCCCUCGCCUGUGCACCCGGGAGCGGGGCAGAGUCUGAGGGUAUUUAUUUUCUGCCCCAGCAGUUGGGAGCGGUUGGAGGGAGGCAGGUAUGUUUUAGCAUGUGUUUGGUUCUGGGGCCCCUCCUACCUCCCUUUGGGCGGAGAUGGAACCCUUGGGGCCCCCCAGCUGGGGGGCUGUGAGCUCCAGACUCCCGACACCUUCCCCUCGCACCCUGUGUAACCAUUUCUUGGGCCCUCCUGAAACUUACACAUAAAACAUAAAUGAUGAACAUUAAAUAGCAAAGAAA